AUGACGACCACCUCUGUGCGUUCCCCGGCUCAUCCUCGAGCACCCUUGUCAUAUUUCCAGCAGCAGCAGCAGCCGCUGCAGCAGCCGCUGCAGCAGCAGCUGCAGCAGCAGCAGCAGCAGCUCUCCCUCUCCUCCUUAAAGCUGCAGACGGGGGUUUUAGGGGCCCCCCAACGUGCCGAUCGCUUUGAUAAACAGCUGCAUGCAUCUUCAUUAGGGGCCCCUGGGGGGGCCCCUGAGGGGCCCCUCGGGUCUCUCUAUGGGGGCCUCGCUGGUGUAGGCGCAGCAGCAGCAGCAGCAGCAGAUCUCCCCGCAGCAGCGACGCACCCGAACGGCAGCAGCAGCAGCAGCAGCAAUAACAACAGCAGCAGCCGCUUUGCUUCUUUGACAACAGGGGGAGGCGCCUCUUCUCAUCCAGGCUCUGAUGUAUACGUCUCUCCUUUGGUGGGGACAGCAGCAACAACUGCAGCAGCAGCAGCAACAGCAGCAACAAAUGCUGCAACGCGGCCACAGUGGUCUCACACUAGCGCUAUUCUCAGCAGCACACAGCAGCAGCUGCAGCAGUUGGAGCAGCAGCAGCAGCAGCUGGAGCAGCAGCAGCAGCAGCUGCUGGCGGAUUUUGACGAUUCUUUCUCCACACACUCGCAGCAGCAGCAGCAACUGCAGCAGCAGCAGCAGCAGCAGCAGCUGGGUUCAUCCUUAUCAGCAGCAGCAGCAGAUAUAACGGAUCUGCACAGCCAAACUGCACGCCGUCGUCGCCACCGCCGCAGCAGCAGAAAUUCUUUAACAACCUCCUUCGAGCAGCAGCAACAACUACAGCAGCAGCAGCAGCAACUGCAGCAGCAGCAGCAGCAGUAUUUGCAUGGAUUAGGUGCUUCUUCAAGUUCGUCUGGUAUCCGUCGUCUGCAUGCAGAGGACCCCCCCCAACUAAGGGGGCCCCUGGGGCCCCUGGGGGCCCCAGGGGCCCCCCUCCUAGACGCAGGGGGGGGGCCCCCAGGGGGCCCCCUGCUGCAGCUGCGAGGAGAGGGUACUGCAGCAGAAAGAGUUUUGUCAGUACAAAGAUCGAGGGGCCCCCGGGGGCCCCCAGCAACCGAGAGGCUGCGCAGCAGCAGCGCGAUCGGGCUUGGAAGCAGCGCAGCAGCAGAUGUAAUAGGGGGUAGCCUGCUGCAGCAGCAACUGCAUUUGAGGGGCCCUAGUGCUGUUAAUGCUGCUGCAGCAGACGCAGCAGCAGCAGUAACAGCAGCAACAGCAGCAAUGACGGACCUCCAUCGGACGACGCAUCAGCAGCAAACCACAGGCAGCAGCAGCAGCAGCAGCAGCAGCAGCAGCGCCAUGAGGAGCGCCUCCGCAGCCUUGAGAGAAAACAGUGUCUGCGUUUGCAGUGCGGCAUCAUUUAUGGCUAGGCAAAAGGCGCAGUAUGAGCAGCUGCUGAAGAGACUAGAGACCGACAGACAGCAGCAGCAGCAGCAGCGACAGAAGCAGCACGCGAAGGAGAUGCAGCUGCAUCAGCAGCAGAUGCAGCUGCAGCAGCAGCAACACGAACUACAGCAGCAGCAGCACGAAGUGCAGCAGAAGCAGCAAGAGUUGCUGCUAAUAGAGAGAAAAUUUAAUGAGCAGCGGGACAGCAUCGAGCAGGUGUUGCAGCAGCAACAGCAGCAGCUGCAGCAGCAGCAGCAGCAGCUGCAGCAGCAGCAGGAGUCCUUCUCUCGCAAGAAAGAAGCAUGGUGUGCUGCUGCUGAUGAACGGCGACAAGAAGCUCACAAGGCUCAAGAGCAGCUGAAGCAGCAGCAGCGAACUCUAGAAGAGAAGAAGAGAGAUAUAGACGCGAAGCAAAUUAACCUCAUUCACAAGCAGGAAGCUAUCGAUGCAGAUCGGUAUCAAUUGAAUGAAGAGAGACUGCAGCUGCAAGAGCAGCAGUUUUCUCUCGAUUCGGCAAUGCAGCAGCUGCGGACGGAGACACAGGAGCUAGAGCAGCAGCAGCAGCAGCAGCAACAGCAGCAGCAGCUGCUGCAGCAGCGAGAGCAGCAGCUCCUGCAGCGGGAAGCCGACCUGCAGCAGCAGGAAGCAGAGCUUAACAGCCUCCGCUCGCAGCUGCAGCAGCAGCAGGCUUCAAUUGAGGCACAUGAGGACAACCUGCAACGGCAGCAGCAGCAGCUGCAGCAGCAAGAAGCAGAGCAGCAACAGCAGCUGCUACUUCUGCAACAGCAAGAAGCAGAGCAGCAGCAGCAGCAGCGCCAACUCCAGCAGCAGGAGGCAGAGCUGCAGCAGCAGCAGCAGGAAUUUCAAAGACACCAAGAAGCACAGCAGCAAGAACUGCAGCAGCAGUAUGCGAAUCUGGAGCAGCAGCAGCAGAUGCUGCAGCAGGAACAGCAGCUGCUGCAGCAACAGCAGCAGCAGCUGCAGCAGCAGCAGGAAGACCUCAAGCGAAGGCAACAAGACCUAAGUCGCCGUCUAGAGGAGACAGCUGCUAGAGAGAAGGAGGCAGAGGCAGCUAAGAGAGAGUGCAGCAUUGAGCGGAAGCAGCUGCAGCAGCAGCGGGAAGAACUGCAGCAACAGCAGCGGAGGGCCGAGGACAAGGAGCAGCAGCUGCAGCAGCUACAGGAGGAGUUUGAGAAGCAGCAGCAGGAGCAGCAGCAGCAGCAGCAAGAGCAGCAGCAACAGCUAGAGGAGAGACGCGCGGCCCUUGAGAAGGAAUAUGCAGAGCGUCAAGAGCAGCUGCAGGAGGAGCAGCAGCAACAGCAGCUACAGCAGCAGCAGCAGCUGCUGCAGCAGCAACAGCAGCUGUACACGGAGCUGCAGGAAGAACGGGAGAACCUGCAGCAGCAGCUGGAUAGCCAGCUGCUGCGUCUUCAAGAGCAGCAGCACACAGCAGCAAGAGAGAGGCAGGAGUUGCAGCAGCAGCGAGUGCAGCUGUCUCUGCAGCAGUCGGAGCUGCAGCAGCAGCAGCAAGACCUGCAGGCAGCAUCAGCGCGGCUGCAGCAGGAGGAGCAGCAGCUAGAAGCAGCCAAGCGCUCUCUUGCUGCAGAUCGAGCGGAGCUUGAGCAGCUGCAGCAGCAGGCUCAGGAGGAGCUGCAGCAAGGGCAGCAGCAGCAGCAAGAAGCGUACGAAGUGCUGCAGCAGCUGCAGCAGCGGGAGGAAGAGGUGAAUAGCCAGCGGACGCAGCUGCAGCUGCUGCAGCAAUCAUUAGCAGCGGAUAGAGAGGCCUUUACAAACGAGGCCCACCGUGCAGCAGAAGCAAGAAAGACAAGAGAGAGACAGCUGCAGCAAAGAGAAGAGCUGCUGCAGCGGCAGCAGGAGCAGCUACGCCAGGACAGAGCAGCAGUAGAGACACUGCAACGAAUUACUUUGCUGCGAGCUGGAGAGACAGCUGGGAAGAUGAAGCGCCUUCCUCUUACUGCAGAUAUUCCUCCUCUUGCUGCUCCUUCUGCUGCUGCUGAUCCUGCUGCUGCUGCUGCUGCUGCUGCUGCUGCUGCGCCGCACUCGGGGGCCCCGCUCCUGCAGCCACGGGCAGCAACAGCAGCAGAAGCAAGCAGCAAAAAUAACAAAACUAUGCAGAUACACUCCGCCAGGGGACCCGGAAGCAGCAGCAGCAGCAGCAGCAGCACACGCACUGGCUCGGUCGGAGGUAGCAGCAGUAGGCGCAGCAGCAGCGCAGAGGUCCGGGCGAGGCGAGCAGCAGCUGCAGCAGCAGGAGCAGCAGCAGGAGCAGCAGCAGCAAACUCUGCAGCACCAACUUCCGCUUCUGCUGCUGCUCAACAAAGAAGAGCAGCAGCAGCAACAACAACAUCAGCAGCAGCAGCAGCAGCAAAGGGACAUAGACCUAUCUCAGGCAAUGAAGGCAGCAGCUUAGGGAUGCGUGCGCGAGUUAUCCGCGCUGCUGCAGGGGGUGCAGCAGCAGCACCCGCAGCAGCAGCAGCAGCAGCAAACCAUAGCAGUAGUAGCAGCAGCAGCAGCAGCAGCAGCGGGAACAGCAGCAGCAGCAGCAGCAGCAGCAGCAGCAGCAAACCCCCCUUCGUUCAUCACUCUCCUUUUCUAGAUGAUUGGAACUUAGAUGAGCUUGAUGCUGCUACAGGCGCUCUGCGCGACUCAGGCCCAGGUACAGCAGCAGCAGCAGCAGCAGCAACAGCAGCAACAACAGCAGCAGCAACAGCAACAACAGCAGCAACAACAGCAGCAGCGGCCUUAGGGUCGCCUAGCUCUGCAGGAUAUGCUUCAUUAGAUGCUUCGCCCUCACGCUUUGCUUCAACUAACGGGCAAAGUAUUGGGGCCCCACACGGCUCAGUUAGCCUUUCACGACCUGCUGCUUCUUUGUUGCAGCAGCAGCAGCAGCAGCAGCAGCCGCUGUCGAGGCCACAGUCAAGCACCCUCUCCUUUAUGCAGCGGCAGUCGCAGCAGCAGCAGCAGCAUUUUGCUGAGGCGUCUUCAACUGCAUCGCAUGUCUCCUUACCGAGCAGCAGCAGAAACACUUCUCUCCCUGGUGUAGGAGACAGUCUGCUGCUGCGGCAGCAGCAGCAGCAGCAGCAACCCUCAGCAACAAAUAGCAGAGGCCUUUCAGCUGUCUCCUCAACUGUGCGAGGCCUCUCCCGGCAGCAGGAAGGCAGCACCAGGCUGCAGCAACCCUCUGCUGCUGCAGCAGCAACAACAGCAGCAACAGCUCCGACUCUGCAGCAGCGACUCAGCGGGGGCACUUCACUGCGAAGAGCAGGUGAAGACAGCCACAACAGCAGCAGCAACAGCAGCAGCAGCAGCAGCAGCAGCAGCAGCGGGGUUGGUGGGGGGCUUGCGCCUCUUGCUGAAAGAAGAAGGCAGCAGCAGCAGCAGCUGCAUCAUUCUAUCUGUCGCGAACCCCCGCAACUGAGCAACCCCCCGUCUACCCAACAGCAGCAGCAGCAGCAGCAGCAACAGCAGCAGGGCCUAAGCUCCUUUCGCAGUGCCGCGUUUGCUGCUGCUGGCGUGAGCAGCAGCAGCAGCAGCAGCAACAGCAGCAGCAGCAGCAGCAGCGGGGAAGCAGCAGCAGCAGGGCGUGCUUCUGGUUUGUCUGUUAUAUCUCACUUGUCUGCGUUUGAAUACGCAGAAGCAAGAAAAGGGUUAAAUGAUUUUUUUGCUGCUAAUUGUGCUGCAGCAGAGUUUGCUGCUGCUGCUGACUUUGAGGGCCUCGGGGCCUCAGGAAGAAAAUCAUAG